UUUUUUUUUUUUUUUUUAUAUUUAUGUCUUUGACAAAUAAUUAUUUAUGAAAAUAGACGUUUAAUAUUUAAAUGUAAAAUUAAUCAAAUUAAAAGUUUUAAAAAGUGCGUGUGACAAUGGGGUUGUGUGAAAAGACAGCAUUUCUGCGGCUGCUGCCCACUUCCGGUUGGCACAUGCUCUGGACAUGGAAUGCAUCCAACGGUACGACAAUACGUUUGACAAGUAGUGCAUCAUCUAAGUACGAUUGUAUCGUUGAAUUAGUUAAUCUUGCAGUCAUUAUUAUAACAUUUUUGGCUGCAGUUUCAUUAAUCAUCAAGUACAAAUUAACCGAUCAACGAGUGUGCAGCGGCUUACUUCCUUGGCACAAUCUACGCAGUGUUCUGAGCACACUUUUGAUUCUUGUGCUUGUUCUGGAGUUCUCAGAAGCUAUUAUCGAUCAAGCACCACUCAGUCAGGGUAUUUCACUGGUGACUCUUGUCUCAUGCUGGAUUUUACAUCGUCAAACAGAGAUAAGGGAUGGCCUUGGUCUUGCUGUUACCGGAGGAAUUUUUAUAACCAUCGCCGUUGCAAGACUUUGGAGGCUGCUCCAUUUAAUAAGCAACGGCUUGACUAUCAACCAUGUUCGUAUGAUCAGUACUAUUGGUACAAGUUCACUGUGUGGACUAUUAGCUUGCGUUGAUUCCUGGUCUCUUUAUCUCAUCGUUAAAAAAAGUAAACAUUAUGAUGUGCGAGGACCCGGAAGUACUCAUCGGGUGUCUUACAAACACUCUUACGCAGUUCUUCUGAGUAAAUUGACAUUUCACUGGAUCGUUGAUCUUCUCUCACGUGGCUACCGUGCGCCUCUCGAUCUCAACGAUCUUGGAGAUUUACCCGAACAAGAGACUACGGUAAUUCAGUUUGAUAAAUUUCGAGGAAUUUACGAAACCCAAAAGAAUGAAAGAGCUAAAGUGUCACUAUGGAAAUGCUACUGGAGACGUGUGUGGGUUUCUUUUUGCAUUGGUGGGCUUCUCAAGUUAUUUGGCGACGCGUCUACUUUGGUUGGUCCUGUGGCGAUCUCGAAAAUAAUUGACUACGUGGAGAUUAUUCAAAAUUCAACUAAAAAAAAAUCAUUACCCACUUACACCUACACGGGGGGUAACUACAUUACAAUGGAACAGUUAAUGGGCAAUGGUUAUUUUUUGGGUCUUGUUAUAUUUAUAGCAGCUAUUUUACAAAGCACGUUAAGCCAAGCGUCGACGCAUUUCGUUAAUGUCGAAGGCAUUCGCUUGAGAACAGCUCUUCAGGCUUUAAUUUAUCAUAAAUCACUGCGAUUAUAUUCCUGGGGUUUUUUGGAAGAAGAAAUUGGAAAGACGAGUGAUAAUGAUAAAGAUAAUAAUCUGCGUAGCGGUGCAGACAUCGGAACUCUAACAAAUUUAAUGGCCGAAGAUGCUUACAAUGUUAUGAGUUUUUUUUGGAUUGGCCACUACAUCUGGGCGAUUCCGUUAAAAAUUGGGGUCAUUAUUUUUUUACUCUACGUAAAAUUAGGAAUUAGCGCUAUUAUUGGCGCUGUUUGUUGUAUAUUAAUUGUAACACCUAUGCAAUUAUUACUUGGAAAGAAAAUGUCAGAAAAUUUAAAAUUAAUUGCUGAAAAAAGUGACGCAAGAUUGAAACUCUUGAAUGAAGUACUUCAAGGUAUAAGACUGGUCAAACUGCGUGCGUGGGAAGUGGUUUUUGAGAAAAAAAUAUCAACAAGUCGUGAUGAAGAAUUGAGUCUACUUGACAAGGACUCGAUUUACUGGGGAUUUAUAACAUUUCUAACUCACGCUUCGUCAGUGUUGAUGACUUUGUUUACAUUUGGUGUAUACUUUUGGCUCGAAGAGACUCAUUUGGAUGCUGGAAACGUAUUUGCAAGUUUAGCUCUCUUCUCACAACUCACCGUUCCACUAUUCAUCUUUCCCGUUAUCGUUCCGAUUAUUUUAAAUGCCAUAAUCUCGACAAAGCGGCUUGAGGACUUUUUGUCACUACCAGAAGUUACCGAUGUUGUACCAAACACUCGAGAAAAUUAUCAAAUGGAAAAUAAUGAUCAACGUACAUCUACAAUUACUGUCAGUAGUGAUGAAGAAAAAAAUUUACAGAGUAUUGCGACAUUUGGGACAUUAGGAAACAUAACUGAAGAUGAUGAAGAUCGUCAAGGUUGUCAAGCUUUUCAAGUACUCAGUACAUACGAAGCCAGUUCAUCUGACACAGUAUUUGAAAAAGAUCCUGAGCCUUCAAUGAAACCGGCAGUACUUUAUAUCAAAGGAAUAUUUUCUUUAGGAACUGAAGACACUCAUCUUCAAGUUGACGAUUUAAUAAUUCCACGUGAAAAAUUAACUUUAAUUGUUGGUAAAACUGGUAGUGGAAAGACGUCAUUGAUUUCGGCAAUGUUGGGUGAAAUUCCACAGUUACGUGGUCAAGUUUCCUGGUUUAGAGACACCAAUUUGGCUUACGUACCUCAACGUCCGUGGCUUUUAAAUACCAGUUUACGUGAAAAUAUAGUUUUUGGAUCUAUGUACAGUCGCACACGUUACCGAAAUGUUUUGAAAGCAUGUGCACUCCAGCCGGACGUUGAAAUUCUUCCGGGAAAAGAUAUGACACGAAUCGGCGAGAAGGGAAUUAAUUUAAGUGGUGGGCAAAAACAGAGAAUCGCAAUUGCUCGGGCAAUUUAUAGUGAUGCAGAUACGGUAAUUCUAGAUGAUCCGCUGUCGGCGUUGGAUCAACAAGUAGGUCAGCAUAUUUUUGAUCAAGCCAUUCAAAAACUUCUUUUACGAAAAGGACGAACAGUUAUUAUGGUAACACAUCGAUUAGAAUUAUUACGUGCUGCUCAUCAUAUUAUUUCAAUGGAAAAUUGUCAGGUUCGUUCGAUGGGUACAAUGUCUAGUAUCGAAUUGACUGAUCCUUUAUUGGUUGAAGAGUGGCGUGAAGCAGCUCGUAGACGUCUGGAUAUUGUCACAGUACCCAAGACUGCUAAAGAUAGAUGGUCACUUGUCAGACUAGUUUCUCGAAUUGCCGGGAUUUCAGUAAAACACCGACACGCAAGCGAUGGCUCAUGGAUCACCGAUCAAGACGCCCACGUGUCUCCGCCUGCUUUUGUACCUCUCAGACUGCGUAAAUCAAUGAUGUUGGGGUCUAGAUAUCUUGCUCAUGAUCUGACAGAUUUACCGGUUGCUGACGAGUGGGGAGUUGUGCGUAAACGCACCAGAAAACAUAGAAUGGCAAGUCGUGCAACCAGUCUUCAGCCUACCAAACAUCCUCCUCCCGUUUUAAGACAAAGUUCUACUCCCACUAUGCUCGAAACUCAUCAUAUUAUUCCACGGAAACGUCAUCAUACAGUCGACAGUGGGCAGAAUAGCGUUUUAAGAAAUUUUUUUUCUGGAAAAAUUUUAAGCGUUGAUGAAACUAAUAAAGAUCGUAAAUGUCUGAGACGACUAAUGUCAACAUCUUCUAGUAAAACUAAUCCUGAAUGGGAGCAUCAAACUAUCAAAAGAUUAUUGUCUACUGAGUCAGGAAUUAGCGAUAAUUUUGAAGAAGAUAAAAAAUGCACAAAUUGUCAAGAAUUACAGGCUACAGAAAUUGAAGAAGAUGGAGGAUUAGUGACUAGAAGAGUUUGGAUGGAUUAUUUAAAAGCUGGAGGUAUCACUCCAGGUCUGACUUAUCUAGCAGCAGCACUAGGUUGUCAAGCUAUUCGAGUCUACACUGAUCUCUGGCUAAGCGAGUGGACAGCUCUCGGAAAAAAUCCAAUCAAUAACCAGACACUGAUAACGACUCAUCAGCAAACUGUUUUUUACUUUCGCAUGUACAUAAUUUUAUCUGUAAGUUCAAUUAUUUUAGCGGGAUUUAAUAGCGCUGCUGGACAAUGGGCAGGGACACGUGCUCGGGAAAAAUUACACCGCAAAGCUAUUGCGAGUAUUCUUCGUGCUCCGAUGAUUUUUUUUGAACAAACUCCAAUCGGGAGAAUUCUUAAUCGUUUCAGCGCAGAUGUUGGUGUUAUUGAUAAGAAAAUAUCGACAUCAUUCCAACGGCUAACGUCGUUUGCGUUGCUGUGUGGAUCAGCAAUAAUUGUAAACAUUGCAAUAUCACCGUGGUUUUUAAUAGCCGCAGUACCAACCUGUCUAGCUUAUUUUUUUUUACAAAGAUUUUAUCGCAUCAGUGCUCGUGAACUCCAACGACUUGAGGGCAGUACUCGCGGACCAGUCGCUGCACAUUUUUCAGAAACAUUAAAUGGUUUACCGGUUUUAAGAGCUUCUAAGCAGCAAGAUCGGUUUAUGGAUGAUAUGAUUGAGUACUUGGACGCAAAUACAAAUGCUUUUUUAAUUUUAAACACCAGCAGUCGAUGGCUGGGUAUUGCUUUGGAUUAUUUAGGCGCCGUAGUAGUUAUUGCGUCAAUAUUUGCAGCUUUGCUGUCAGCAGAAUUGUAUCCUGAACGCGUAACACCGGCAUUAGUUGGCCUAGCAAUAAAUUACACAUUUUUGGUACCUAUUUAUCUCAAUUGGGUUGUUAAAUUCAUUUCUGAAAUUGAAAUGUACAUGGGUAGUGUAUCAAGAAUAAGUACAUAUAUUAAAGCAAAUCGUGAAAAUUAUCGUGAGAAUGGAUAUGAAGCAGACGAAAGUUGGCCAGAAAAAGGUGAAAUAAUAUUUGAAAAUGUAUCGCUACGUUAUCAUCCAGACUGUGAGGCGGUAGUAAAAAAUUUAAAUUUACGUAUUCCCGCGGGACAAAAAUUAGGAAUUUGCGGUAGAACUGCCAGUGGAAAAUCAUCAACGGUAAUGGCACUUUUUCAAUUAUUACAAGUAUCGCAAGGACGAAUUAUAAUUGACGGAAUAGACAUAAAGAGAGUGUCAUUAGCAAGUCUAAGAUCAAGGUUAUCAGCUAUUCCGCAAGAUGUUAUUAUGUUCAGUGGAACAGUUAGAGAAAAUUUAGAUCCUCUUUCUGAGCAUGAUGAUGAGCAAUUGUGGAUUGCAUUGGAACUCGCACAAAUGAAAGAUGUUAUUGCUUCUCAUCCUGAAGGCCUCGAUCUCGAAGUACGUGAAGGAGGUGAAAAUUUUUCAUCAGGACAAUUACAAUUAUUGAGCAUGGCACGAGCAACUUUACGUGAUUCAGCAAUAGUGGUACUUGAUGAAGCCACAAGUGCUCUCGACUCGUCAACAGAAAAAAAUUUAUUACAAGCUGUCUCUAAAACGUUUAAGGACAAGACUGUCAUCACGAUUGCGCACAGAGUAACUUCUCUACUGUAUUGUGAUAGAGUUGUGGUAUUUAAUGAAGGAAAAAUAGUCGAAGAAGGAUCACCGAAAGAAUUAUUCAAUCGGUCUACGGGAUUUUUCGCAGAAAUGUUAAAGGCUUCUGAAUUGACAGAGCCAAAUGACUGUGAGGUAAAUAAAAGUAAAAGAAAAAAAAUGUUUGGUGUAAUUUCAGAAGCGCGAAGAAUUAGUUGUAAUAAUGUUACGGAAUCGGAAGACAAGAUGAGGUUUUCGUGUUUUCCUAGAGCUACUAUCCUGGGACAAAGAGGUAGUAUUAAUUUUACUACUGUCCCAGGACACGAUGAAACAUCUAGUAUUACUGGUAUCAGUAUAAUAAGUAAUAAUGGAGAAGCCAGAGAACCCAUACCCAUGAGUUAUAAACGCGCUGCAGAUCUAGAUAGUACCGAAAUAAUAAGUCAUUAUACAAAUACAACAAUUUCAAAUGGUUCAGUUUAUCCAAACAAUGAAUCUAGAGGAUUCGAACAAGUUAAUCUAGUACGUUCAGAAACUGAGGGAUCAAAUUUAUCAUCGCAAAAUGUUAAAAUUCCACGUGGUGGUGUAAUUGGCCGGACUCCGACUCCACCAUCAGCACCAACGCCUGUUUACGAAAAAGAUGCAAGGUCAAGAAAACAAAUAAAACGAGCGAUACUUGAAAAUGAAUUUUUGGGUAAUCUAGAAGAGGCACAAGUCGAGGCCCUAGUGUCUGCGAUGUAUCCGAAAAAUAUUUCAUCAAAUACCCUUGUCAUUCACGAAGGUGAUAUAGGUUCGCAUCUUUACGUUUCGGCUGACGGAGAGUUUGACAUUUACGAGGGCAGUAAAUUUCAAAGCAGUUUUGGACCUGGAGUUGCUUUUGGUGAACUUGCACUGUUAUACAAUACUAAACGACUUCGAUCUAUCAGUGCAAAAAAAGGAGGAAAAGUAUGGGUUUUAGACAGAUCAGUAUUUUUAACAGUGAUGAUGAGAAGUGCUCAAGAUCGUUUAGAAGGCAAUAUAAGAUUUUUACGCAAAGUAUCUGUGUUACAAAAACUACCAGAACCAAAGGAACACGUUUUUGCAAAGAUAUCUGAUUUAAUACGGGUCGAAUUCUUCCCUGCGGGCGCAAAGAUCGUUAAACAAGGCGAGAAAGGUGAUAAAUUUUUUAUAAUAAGCGGUGGUAACGUAAGGAUAACUAAAGACACCGAAUAUGGGGGCGAAGAAGAGUUAGUUGUGUUGGGAAAAGGACAGUAUUUUGGCGAGAAAGCAUUGUAUGAUAAAGAAGACAGUCGUAGACAAGCAAAUGCUAUUGCUUUGGCACCUGGAGUCGAAUGUUUAACUCUAGAUGGAACGUCAUUUUUAAAUUAUCUCGGUGGUUUAGAUGAAAUACGUAACAAAGACUGGUUAGAAGAGUAUGAGAAACAAAAACGUUCAUUAACGCCAAAGUUAUGGACUAACGAGUACUCUGAGGUGACGCUUUAUGACUUAGAAAGCCGAGGAACUCUCGGAGUCGGUGGAUUCGGUCGCGUUGAGCUUGUUACUCUCAGAGCAGAUCAAAAUAAAAGUUUUGCGCUUAAAAAAUUAAAAAAGAAAACAAUGGUUGAUCAACAACAGCAAGAACACGUCCUUAAUGAAAAAUGUAUCAUGCAAGCGUGUGAUUCCCCGUUUAUCUGCAAACUAUUCCAAACAUACAAGGAUUCAAAAUAUGUAUACUUCCUGAUGGAGGUUUGUCUGGGAGGCGAUGUAUGGACUACAUUGCAACGACGACGUUACUUUGAUGAUUCAACGGCACAAUUUAUGGUUGGAUGUGUUGUUGAGGCACUUGAUCAUCUUCACUCUCUCAAUAUUGUUUAUCGUGAUCUGAAACCUGAAAAUUUAAUGCUUGACAGUCGAGGAUAUCUCAAACUUGUUGAUUUUGGUUUUAGUAAAAAAAUAGGCCCUGACAAGACUUGGACAUUUGCUGGUACUCCUGAGUACGUUGCACCCGAAAUAAUACUCAACAAGGGCCAUGAUAGAGCUGUAGAUUAUUGGGCACUAGGUAUAUUGACACACGAAUUAUUGGUCGGUAAACCUCCAUUUCGUGGAUCCGAUCACAUGACAACGUAUAAUAAAAUAUUAAAAGGCAUUGAAGUAGUUGGAAUACCAGGAAUAGUUAAUAAAAAUGCAAAUCAUUUGAUUAAAAAAUUAUUGAGACUGAGUCCUUCAGAGCGACUCGGUUAUCUGAGAAAUGGAAUCCAAGAUAUUCGUGAUCAUAAGUGGUUUGCUAAUUUUAAUUGGCAAGCAUUACAAAGACUUGCUCUACCUGCUCCUAUUGUACCCACUAUUCAAAGUCAAAUAGAUACUAGGAAUUUUGAAAGAUAUCCACCAGAUCGCGAAAUUCCACCUGAUGAAUUUUCUGGUUGGGAUUUGGAAUUUUAAUAUUAAAAUAUGACUUUAUAAAGUCUAUUGAUGCAGGCAACGAUAAUUAUAUGUGGUCAUUGUAAAUUAUAUAUCUAUAUUAUUAUAUGUAAUUAAACUUAACAAGUAAAUUUUAGAUAAGUCUUAUUUUUUGUACACAAUUAGGUUGUAAAAUAUGGAUAAGAUAUUUAACAUUUACUUAACAAUUAGCAUGAUAAUAAAAAAAAUUAGGCUUAAGUUGAUUUUGUUGUUAGAAAAAAAUAAAUUAAUUAAUUAAUAAAAUAAAAAAUAUAAAUAUUA